AUGUGUGAAGUUCUCCAAAACUUCACAUUUCAAAGAGAAUUCAAUAUAUUGGCAUUUACCGACUACUCUGAGGCAAAGGCUUUCAUUUUCAUUGUGGUUUUAUCAAUAUACAUGCUCUCUGUUUUGGGUAAUAUGAGUAUUAUUGCACUUGUUUGUCUGGCUUCACAUCUCCACACUCCAAUGUAUUUUUUUCUAUGUAAUCUGUCAGCCCAGGAUAUUAUAUAUGUUUCCAACAUUCAGCCAAAGCUCUUGUCCGUCACACUAACAGGAAACAAAGGCAUUCCUUUUCCACAAUGCAUUUCCCAAAUCGUUCUCUUCAUAGUUUGUAUUGAUGCUGAAAUAUUUUUGCUGACAGCCAUGGCUUAUGAUCGCUACGUUGCGAUUUGUAUCCCUCUACAUUAUUUUCUUAUCAUGAAAAAAAGGGUAUGCAUAAUAUUGGUUGCUACGUGUUGGAUAGCUGGCUCCUUGAACUCAUCAUUUAUAUCUUACAAAAUGUGUUCUUUACCCUUCGGCAAAUCCAGAAGAAUAAACCACUACUUUUGUGAAGUGGAAGCAAUGAUGAAGCUCUCAUGCAUUGACACCAAAAAUAUUCAAGCUAUAAUAUUUUUUGAAAGUUUGUUUAUUGGGAUAUUUUCCUUUCUGCUUAUACUGACUUCCUACAUAUAUAUAAUAUUUACCAUUCUGAAAAUUAAAAAUAAGGAAGGAAGAUUGAAGUCUUUCUCAAGCUGCUCCUCUCAUCUCACUGUUGUUAUCAUUCUUUAUGGGACCUGUCUAAGUUCUUACAUGAAAACAAACUCAGAAAACACCCAAGAACAAGAUAAGCUGACCUCAAUGUUAUACAUUGUUCUAGUGCCAAUGUUAAACCCGUUAAUAUAUAGCUUGAGGAACAAAGAGGUUUUAAAAGCCUUGAAAAAUAUCAGAGGUAAAAAGAAUAAAAACAUGUCUUGA